UUAGGGGGAAAAAAUCAACUUGAGCUUGAUUACCAGUGCCAUUAUUUGGUACCGCUGUACCAUUAUUUUGAUGGCCCGUACCAUUAUAACAUUAUGUCACUGACGACGUGACGAACAAAAAAACAUUUUCAUCAUUUCUGCAGCAUAAAUAAAUGGCGACGUUAGGAAAGGUCGUAAAUAGCUUUAAAUUACCGAAAUAUACUCUAAUACCGAGGUUUCUCAGCCAAUACUACGCAAUUAAUGAUGAUAUUUAUGGAUUGUCACAGGAACAAAGACAGCUUCGCCAGACUGUUUUCGAAGUCGCGCAGAAUGAGUUGGCACCCAAAGCAGCUGAAAUCGACAGAACAAAUAAUUUUCCAGGACUGAGGGAGUUCUGGCGCACCUUGGGCAGCCUCGGGAUGCUGGGGGCCACGGCCGACCCCAGCUACGGGGGCUCCAACCUCGGCUACCUGAACCACGUCCUCAUAAUGGAGGAGCUGUCCAGGGCAUCGGCAGCAAUAGCGCUCAGCUACGGGGCUCACUCCAACCUGUGCCUCAACCAGAUCCAUCGCAACGGCACGGAGGAGCAGAAGAGGAAGUUCCUCCCGAAACUGUGCUCUGGGGAACACAUGGGCGCUCUGGCGAUGUCCGAGCCAUCUGCGGGCUCUGACGUGGUCUCCAUGAAGCUCAGAGCAGAGAAGAAAGGCGACCAUUUUGUUUUGAACGGAAAUAAAUUCUGGAUCACAAAUGGACCGGACGCAGAUGUUCUUGUGGUGUACGCGCGCACAGACCCCUCUGCGCCCAAACCACAGCACGGCAUCUCGGCGUUCAUCGUGGAGCGCGGCACCGAGGGCUUCUCCGCCGCGCAGAAGCUGGACAAGCUGGGCAUGCGCGGCUCCAACACGUCGGAGCUGGUGUUCGAGGACUGCGCGGUGCCGUGCUCCAACCUGCUGGGGCGCGAGAACCAGGGCGUGUACGUGCUGUUCAGCGGGCUGGACCUGGAGCGACUGGUGCUGGCCGCGGGGCCCGUCGGAAUCAUGCAGGCCUGUUGCGACAUCACGUUCGAGUACGUGAACCUGAGGAAGCAGUUUGAGAGAAGAAUCUCUGAAUUCCAGCUUGUUCAGGGCAAGAUGGCGGACAUGUACACCCGGCUGAGUGCGUGUCGCAGCUACCUGUACUGCGUGGCCCGGGCGUGUGAUGCCGGCAGUGCCAACAGGAAGGACUGCGCGGGCGUCAUCCUGUACUGCGCGGAGCAGGCCACGCAGGUCGCGCUGGACGCCAUCCAGUGCCUCGGGGGCAACGGCUUCAUCAACGACUACCCCACCGGCCGGUUGUUGCGAGACGCAAAGUUGUACGAGAUCGGAGCCGGCACCAGCGAAAUUCGAAGACUCGUGAUUGGAAGGACCAUAAACGAAGAGUAUUCCAGUUCGUAGUGAUUACUGAUUUGUGUUGAAUUGUGUGUAUCUGUGCCUGUCCCGGUUUUUACCAAGCAUUACUAUUUUUAUAUAUUUUUAUACAAAGAGCUGUAAAAUAAUGGAAAUUUAUUUUUAUAUGUACGAGUUGAGAUUUGAAAGGGUGUGGCUACAAGCAUAUUAACUUGUUAAUAAGAUUUUUGGAAUAGGUGAAGUGUAUGAAUCUGUUUUUGUAUAUUUACUGUAAUGUGCCUGUUUUAAAAAUUUUAGUAUUUUACAAUCAUUUGUAACAUGCAAGUUGCUUUAAUUUGUGACAAUAAAUGUGUUCAAGCAGUGA